UCGUGCCCGAGCAGGAGCCGCAGAUAGUUCACCUCUCUGACGCUCUUUGCACAUCAACAAAGAAACGUUUUUAAGCGCUAUUUCUCUUCUUCUUCUUCGUGUCCAGAUAUCAAGUAGGACCAGAGUUUCCGUUUUGGAUAGGGGGCUGCAAACACACGCACCCACACUUCUUCAAGCAGCGACAACUCAAGGUGAAUGCCGUCAUGCCAUUUGGGUGCCUUGCCCUGCGAGAUGGGCGGAAUUACAAUAGCCUGUCUGAUGUCACGGACAAAUAUGAGAUUGGACAGGUCCUUCGAGCGAAGGAGUUCUGCGAGCUGUGCCUGGCUAAAGACAGACAGACAGACAAGGUGUUUGUCUGCAAGAAAUUCCUCAAGAAAGACGGAAGGAAAGUCCGCAAAGCUGCCAAGAACGAAAUCAUGAUCCUGAAAUUGGUCAACCAUCCAAACAUCCUUCAGCUGAUAGACACAUUCGAGACCCGCAAAGAAUACUUCAUCAUCCAGGAACUUGCCACAGGGGGAGAUGUAUUUGACUGGAUUCUGGAUCAAGGGAAUUACACAGAGAGAGACGCAUCCAAUGUCAUCAGACAGGUCCUUGAGGCUGUGGCGUACUUACACUCUCUCAACAUAGUGCACAGGAACCUGAAGCUGGAAAACCUGAUGUAUUACACAGAAAACAACCACAACAAAGUAGUUCUGCGGGAUUUCUACCUGUCCAAGUUUGAGAAUGGACCGAUCACAGAGCCUUGUGGGACACCAGAAUAUCUGGCUCCUGAAGUGGUGGCUCGUCACCGUUAUGGUCGCCCUGUGGACUGCUGGGCUGUGGGUGUCAUUAUGUUCAUACUCUUAUCAGGUAACCCACCUUUUUAUGAUGAGACAGAGGAGGAGAACACAGAUCUACAUAAUCGCAUCAUCUUCUGUCGCAUCGUUGCUGGUGAAUUUGAGUUUGAUUCUCCGUACUGGGAUGACAUUUCGCCUGCAGCUAAGGAGCUCGUCUGUCGACUCAUGGAGGUUGACCAGAUGCUUAGAAUCACAGCGCAGGAUGCACUUUGGCAUGAAUGGAUUGCAGGGAAUGGUGCAUCCGAGAAGAAUCUAAAGGAUGGCGUGUGUGCCCAGUUUGAGAAGAACUUUGCAAAGGCCAAAUGGCGGAAAGCAAUCCGUGUCACCACCUUCAUGCAACGAUUGAAGAAUUCAGAGGCCCUGAAUGACAGUUCAGCCGAGGCUCAGAGCACAGAGGAGGCAGGAGAUAGUGAGAGAGUGUUGUCCCAUGGGACAAGUGAUGAGGGAGACAAAGGAACAAGUGAUGAAGGAGUGACAUCAAGCAGUGUGUCUUUAGAAGUUACGGUUGAAAAUACACCGCUGGGUAUAGAAAAGGAUGAGGGGAGGAGUACGGUCGCAGAAAAUCAGGAUGAGGCAAAGAAAAGUAUAGGCCCAUCAGUGGGAACUUCCCCCUCAGAUGUUCAGGAGCCUCUCUGUCAGAAAAGCCAAUCAAAUGCAGCCCUCAAACUCGCACAGGAGGAGCUUGACAAGGUUGGUGCAAAGAAAGCAGCAGGUGAUGGAACCAGGAAGAUGGCUGCCAACUUGGGUCAAGGUAAAGUUGUUCCAGAAUCCAAACAAACUCCCAUGACGACGCCUGACCCCUCCAAGCUGUCAGACGGGUCUUCAGAGACUAACCUGAACAAAAAACACACAUCCGCCUCCCCUGAUCCUAACAGUAAACGUAAGAUGGCUGCAACGCUCCAUGGCCCCACACCCAAAGCCUCUGCUGCUGGGACAGCCUCACCAGACAAGAGGCCAGCAAUGCAGAAGGACCAGAGGGAUGAGACUGAUGGAAGCUGGUGUCAGACAGAAUUACCUGAGGCAGUGGCAGAGAGGUCAGUGGCAGUCGCUCAAACAGUGGCACCUGAAACUGGGGCUGAUGCAGGACGAGGAGUUAGAUUAAGGGGUGAGGAUAGCCCCAUGAUGAGAAGGGAUAGGGAUACUAGGGCAACAGACAGAUACAGCGCUGAGUUCAGCAUGGCAAGGCCAGGUCCUGCAACAGGACAGGGUUGUUACACAGGCAGCUCUGCUAGUUUGGGCCGUCACGCCACUCCAUACAACCCAGAAGUUGGGACUGUAGGAAUGGGGAUGGCAGGGAGCUAUGGGAGUCCAUACAGUUCCCUAUAUAUGACUGGAGGAGGGAUAGGGAUGUAUGGGACUGGGCUACCACAUGGAGCAGGCAGGAGCAGCACUACAAGCGACUGGCAAAUGGACAGUGUGAUUGAGCAGAUCGAAAAGCAAAUGGCCGCCGUGCUUGAGAAGAUUGAGGGAGACAUGCCCUCGCUGAUGGAGCAAAUCAGUGACUGCCCUGCAGAGCCGCUUCGAGCCAGGAGCACACACGCCUCUCCUGCGACCUCCCGCGCCCGCUCCUCACAACAUACCACGACUGCAAACUCUGCAACUCCACCGCCUCUUCCAACCUCUCCCAGGCCUGCGCUGCCAUCUCUCCCUCACCUUACUAUCCCUCCUCCCUCCUAUCCCCCACCCUCCCCACCCACACAAUCCUCACCCCGGGCUGCAGGAGAGCAAGAAGACAGGGAGGGACAGAAGGAUGCUGCUUCUACCAACCAGUCCACCGGAGCUGGGAUGGACAGAGGGCUAUAAAACAGUUGUCCAUGAUGCAAUACACAACAGAUGGAACAUUGGAUUUAUGGUUCAAAUGUCAAGGGGUUUAGAGACACUGUCUCACACCCAAGUAUCAUCCACUAACGCAAAAAGGAAAAGUAACCAUGUAAUGAUGUUUGGUACGGCUGUAUGUUCCUUUUGAGAAUACUGGUCUGAGAGAAAAUGAACUAUGGCAUUUAAAUACACUCAUGACUUGAGUGUAGGAGGAGUAGUACAUCUCUCUGUAUGAGAGCUGCAAAAAGAAAGAUCAUAAAAGCAAAUCCAGAUUGUGCACAUCAAAAUGCUUGCAACACAACCUUGUUAUACUCAAAUCUAAGCAUUCAGCGCAGUUUGCAAAUCCUAAAUGUACACAAGUAAGAUAUUGUGGUACAAUAAUCAGCUUAUAGUGCGAGUUAUUGGGGAGGGGGAGUGUUAUGUAUAGUAAUAUUUCCAUUAUUCCUUACAAAGUGUAAAUAAAUACAAAGAACUUGGUUCCUGAUUCCUGCUUUCAUCCUAUGUUGUAAACUUCCUCAUAACUAAUCUGACAUUUACUUCUUUUUUAAGCAGCACAUCCUAUGUCAUUAUUUUCCAUUCCUUUUUAUUUAUGUAGCUAUUAAUUCAACUAGUGAGGCUCCAAAAUCAUAAACUUACAGUCAAAGAGUUGUACAGAUGUUCGCCAUUUCAUUAGCUGCUGCAGAUUGAGAUUUGUUUUAUUAUAUAGCCGUAUUUAAACUUGAAAUACUCCACGCCUGUUUGAGAGCUUGAUCAAAAUUGAGAUGCUAGUUUUCAAAGGCUUUGCAAUAACUAACAAACAAACACACACGCAUGCAUGCAUGCACACACACACACACACACACACACACACACACACACACA